UCAAUAUUUCCACCAAUUCAUCAUCUCUGCCACCGCCCGACUAAAACGGCUGACCGCAAUAUAUUACACGCCCGACAAUGAUACAUAGCAACAAAAAGUAUCACUUUCUCAAAGCUCGCAUCGUGCCGCGUGUCACUCGCCCAGCAAACCUAGGACAAACUUGGAUGAAUAAACAGCCCCAUCUAACUGGAAAUUUGUGAAAAACUGACUUGCGGUAACCCACCGAAGCUUAGUGCUCUUCACUGUUCACUUUUCCACUCUGUUUUCUGUUGUUCUGUUGAAAAGAUUUGCUUUGUUUUAAUCAACCUUAUCACUGUUUGCUUCCAUUAAUGGAUUCUGUGUUUCUUGACAUUGGCUGAUCCAAACAACAUUGAUUCUGAGGCGGGAAUUCGGCCUUCUUUUUGAAGAGGUAAAGCUUAGGCUCAAUGUACUCAGCUGUUCUUUAUACAUAUUAUUGAGAGAGUUUUGAUGGGUUUUUGCUAAUUUUUAUUUUUAUUUAUAAUGGUGAAUGUUAGUUUUUGUUAGGAUUGAGAAAUCAAAAAAGCCGAAUUCCCGCCAUUGAAUUUUGGUAAGGUAAUAAGGUCAGAGGGUAGUAUGGAAGCAGCAAUGAGGUACUAGUUAGGAGGAGUAUUUUGGUCAGGUAAUGAGGUCAAAGGAGGGUUAGGAGGUGUAUUUUGGUAAGAUAAUAAGGUCAGAGGAGGGUAGUAUGGAACCUCUAUGUGAUUUUUGUAGAGGGGUAAGAGCAGUAGUUUACUGUAAAUCAGAUGCAGCUCGGCUUUGCUUGAGCUGUGAUGGAUGUGUUCACUCAGCAAAUUUGUUGUCACGUAGACAUGCUCGUUCACUUCUGUGUGAGAAAUGCAAUUCUCAGCCUGCAGUAGUUCGAUGCUUGGAUGAGAAAUUAUCUCUCUGUCAAGCUUGUGAUUGGAAUAGCAAUAGUUGCUCAAGUUUCAGGCAUAGGCGAGAGGCCUUGAAUUGUUAUACAGGUUGUCCCUCUUUGGCUGAGUUUAGAAGAAUCUGGUCUUCAGUUCUUGAUGCUUCUUCUUCCAGUGCUUUUGAUGCGGGUUUGCCAGUCGGUUCUUUGCCUGCUAAUGACAAUUGCGUUAUUAACUGUUUGAAUCAAAGAGAACCAGAGGGAGCAUUUGGAUUGGUCGGUACCAAGUUGAAUGAACCAGGUCCUUGUCCUAAGCUAGAGCCUUGGAUGGGGCCAUCUUCUCUGAUUCCAACAAAUGCAAAUUACAUGCCUUAUUGUAGAAAUCAAGAACCUCUUUUCUCAGAGGAGUCGAAUAUCCCAAAGGGCUGUUCUGACCUCAAAGAUUUCAAACUCCUUGAUGGUGAUGAUCUCUGUGAAGGUAUCAACAUGAAUGAUGUUCAACUGAACUUUGAAACUGCUGAUGAGAUAUUUGGCUGUUCGCAAGGUCAAAACAGAUCCCAGUUUGAUAAUGUUGGAACAGAAGGCCUAGUAAUGGAGAAAAACAUUACACUCACGGAAUCUGAUGUUCCUAUUGAGCAUACAUUAGAGGCAUCAUCAUCAGGACAAAAGGACUGCAUGGCUUUUCCUUGCUCACAAGUUGGUGGAUCAGCAAGUGUGAUGGCUGCCAUGACUGGCACUUCCAAUUGCAUGCUUAUGAAUCGUGGUUGUAACAGAAACAUCAAUCUAGAAUAUCCUGCUGGUCAAAUUCCUUCAACCAUAGCCCUGUCACUAUCCAACAUUGCAGGGGAAAACGGCGCCGCUGAUUUUCAAGACUGUGGAUUGUCACCAGUUUUUCUAACUGGUGAAUCCCCAUGGGAAUCAAAUUUGGAAGCUAGUUGCCCACUAGCAAGGGACAAAGCAAAGAUGAGAUACAAUGAAAAAAAGAAAACACGGACAUUUGGUAAGCAAAUAAGAUAUGCCUCCCGUAAAGCCAGGGCUGAUACUAGGAAGCGUGUGAAAGGUAGAUUUGUGAAAGCAGGUGAAGCAUAUGAUUAUGAUCCUCUUGUGGCUCGAAACUUCUAAGCCAGAUUAUGAAAUCAUGUCCCUGAUCUUUAAGGUUUAGUUAGUCUUGCUUGAUUCCAGAGAGGGGCAGUAAACAACCGAUUCCAACUUAUAGUUACUGCUGCUAUAGAUCUAUUGUGCUGGUAGCUACCUCAAAUUAUUUGAGUUGUGGACACUUCAGCUAACUGAUCUCAUCUCUUACGAUCUAUGAACUGCCUCAAUUAUGCUUAUGUUCUACUUCCUUAUGAUUGGCAAUUAUAAAUGACACAAAAACCAAAUGUCCAACUGUUGAAGAACCUUGACGUGACAAACUUUGGUGCAUAUUCUUUUGCCUUUCCCAAAUACUAAGACCCUCUUCUUGCUUUCGUCACCAUCUCCAUCUCUGUUGCACAAAUCCUUGUUGCAAGUCAAUUUUGGUUAUAUUAUGUGUGCUUAAUUCUAUGGUGCACCAGCUCCAUUCCAUGUAAUAAGCAUCGAUCCACAGUCAUCAAAUUGAAAUAAGAACUGCAGAUGAAAUGAACUAGAAAAAAAUGAAAAAUGGAGAUUGCUUCAGUGGCUGGGUCAACAGCAGAAGCAAUUAUUCCUCUCUUUAAAUCACAAGAAGGAAGAAAAAAGGAGGAUAAGGUACCAUGUACGUGAAGGAAGCAAAUAAUGGUCCAAUGCAGAAAUAAAACACAGUGAAGUUGUGACAAAAAGAAUCAAAUUAAACCACAUAUUGGGCACAAAUGUACCAUUACUUUUUGGAACCCCUCAAAUCUUUUGUACUUUGAAUCAGGAUGUUCCAUAUACAACCUCUUUUGCUGGCUGGCUUUGGCUAACAGGUCUACUAUGAUUAGAAAGUAGAAAUGUUUCGCCUGGAAAAGGAAGAGGAUGUGGUGGUUUUAGGCGAGUGGAAUGCUGUAACAGUGCCCUCGUUAAUAAUUUCCCUUCUUUUGUUCUGGAUGGCUUUUAGCAAAGAUAUAUAUAACAUAAGCGUGUCUGAGAGAAGUGAUGAAAAAGAGAUUAGAGCUUUAAGGGGAACUACUAGUGCGGUUGGCUAAAAUGACCUGCUUGUGAUGGCGAGGAAGGACCUGGUCUGGAUAUGAAGUGAUGAUCAGAACUUCCAUCUGCCGAAGAGGGAAAAGUAAAUUUUGUAUCAUGAGCCUGUUUCUAAGAAAAUUUUGUAAUUGUCAUUUUUCAUCAAUUAGCAUCAAUCAUGGAUGUUGUCAUAGUGAUGACCCCUUUAGCACCACAAAGACGAUGGCACAAGCAAAGCAUGGCUCAUGAUUUGAACUUGUCAGGAACUUGAGUUAUCUACAUUUGGACCACCAACCGGACAUCAUCCGAUGAAAUCAUGAACCACAUGGGACAUUAACCUUUAUACUGAUGCGCCCACCCCUCACUCCGUAAUCCCCUUUGUGAUGUAAAGCAAUUUUUGUCGUUAAUUGUUACUGGGAACCCCAUAGACAGUGAGCGCUUAGUUGGAAAUGUUGCUUCUGCUCAAGUGCUCAGGAUCAUAAUUUGGACCACACAUGUAAAUUUGAAUAGUUCUGUAAUCUAUAUUUAGCCUAGUAUUUGAGGACAUAAACACAUCACCUGAGGUUAGCUGUUGCAACAAGCAUCUCCCAAUAUUUGAGGCAAUAGAUCAAUUGUAGUACAUCAUCACGGAAAUAAGUGAGGCCUUAAAAUAGAUAUGGACAGAUGGUUUUUUGGCUUUUCUAAAUGACUAAUGGUCAGGUUAUUUUAGACCUGAUAGUAUUGGUGGUAGGUAGGUGAGUCCCUCUAGCCAUAAGCACCAGCAAUAAUACAAAUUCUGGGGCAAACUUUCUAGUUUUUCUCCUUGUUUGACAACAGAUUUGAGGAAGAGAAGAGAUCAUUACAAUAACCAUGCUUCCAAGAAAAUACUUUAUUAGAUCCUAAAGAAUAAACUGCAUAUUGCUAUUAUUCCCAAAAACUGGAUUCCUAACUGUGAAAACGAGUGAAUUGUUUUAUAGAUGAUCAGUUCUGCUCCAAGAGCCUAAAGCUUGAUAAAAUACUUAAGGAACAAUAACAGAAUCUAUCAAAGUUCUCCCGGUGCUUGGAAUUCCAAGAGAAGAGAAAGCUAAUCAUGAGGUUGUACAGAACAAAGAAGAAAAACGCAUUAAUGGUAGACUCAAUCUGGUUUACAGAAUUCUGAGGAUUACAUCAAAGAUUAUGAUCCUAGCAGUUUUGCUGUAUCCAAUUCUCCUUCUUUCUGCAAUUCGAGUUGUUCCUGUCUCCGACUUUGGCCAUGUAGCUUACAUGUGUAUGCAUCCAUCGAGGAAUCUCUUUCUUCCACUUCUUCCACCAUGAAACACCUCAAGAGUAACCAGACAAGAUCCCCAUAAACAAAAGUUGCAUAACAGGGAAAAGCGAAACUAAAAAUAAUAAUAAUAAAAAAAAUGACAAUCAAAGAAAAAGAAAAGGUGUUUUAAGCGUUGUUGAAUGCUUUCUUUCCAUGUUAGAAUUACACUGCCUUCUCUCUGACCAACUCACCAUCGUUGGUAGCAUCGCCUCAUGCGAAGCUCCGAUGAGAUAUCUCUGCGUUAGAUUUUGACAUGUAUUGCAUAGGAAGCACCUGAUGUGCCUGAGAGCUAAGAAAUUAGCUUCAUGAACCCAUUUGUCGCAUUUCCGACAGAGGAAUGCAUCAUCAGCUUGGCAAUAUAACGAAGCCCUGGAGCUGCACAGCUCACAAUUCACCAGGCCCGAAACCCUCGUUGCAUUAGGUGAGACACCCUCUUUCAGACAAAAGCCUGAUGGGUUUCCUUGCUGUAGACCCUUGCACAUUUUUCUGACGAUCAAGAGUGGGAAUGGAAUGGCUAAGAAGUUUGGGAGAAAA